AUGGAGGUGGCUGCACUGGAGCGGCAGAUCUUUGACUUCCUGGGCUACCAAUGGGCUCCUAUCCUAGCCAACUUCCUGCACAUCAUGGCGGUCAUCCUGGGCAUCUUUGGCACGGUGCAGUACCGCUCCCGGUACCUCAUUCUGUAUGCAGCCUGGCUGGUGCUCUGGGUUGGCUGGAAUGCAUUUAUCAUCUGCUUCUACCUGGAGGUUGGACAGCUGUCCCAGGACAGGGACUUCAUCAUGACCUUCAACACAUCCCUGCACCGCUCCUGGUGGAUGGAGAAUGGGCCAGGCUGCCUGGUGACACCUGUCCUGAACUCCCGCCUGGCCCUGGAAGACCACCAUGUCAUCUCUGUCACUGGCUGCCUGCUCGACUAUCCCUACAUUGAAGCCCUCAGCAGUGCCCUGCAGAUCUUCCUGGCUCUGUUCGGCUUUGUGUUCGCCUGCUACGUGAGCAAAGUGUUCCUGGAGGAAGAGGACAGCUUUGACUUCAUCGGUGGUUUUGACUCCUACGGAUACCAGGCGCCCCAGAAGACGUCGCAUUUACAGCUGCAGCCUCUGUACACGUCGGGGUAGCUUCAGCCCCACGCCCACCCGGGUGCCGUGCCCAGUGCUUUGUGCUAAACUGACAGCCGCUGCCCGGAGCUCAGGCCAAGAUGGCAGGCGCGCCCCCUGGUGGCUGCCGGGCUGACUGCAGCUUGCGCAGCUCGAUCUGGUCUGCCUCGG